AUGUCGUCUUCAAAUCUAUCCUUCAAGGAUAAAGUCGUCGUCAUCACAGGUGCCGGUGGUGGUCUAGGUAAAGUAUACGCCCUAGAAUACGCCAAGCGAGGAGCCAACCUAGUCAUCAACGAUCUAGGUGGGACCCUAACAGGAUCCGGUCAUGAUUCUCGUGCUGCUGAUAUCGUAGUCAACGAAAUCAAUUCCAAAUAUUCCAAAAUGGGUGCCAAAGCUGUCCCCAAUUAUGAUUCCGUCAAUUCAGACGGUGAAAACAUCAUCAAGACUGCCAUCGACAACUUUGGUAGAAUCGAUAUCUUGAUCAAUAACGCUGGUAUCCUUAGAGAUAGCUCAUUCGUCAAAAUGACUCCGGAACAUUUCCAUUCAGUCAUUGACGUCCAUUUAAAUGGUGCCUAUAAACUAUCAAGAGCUGCUUGGCCAUACAUGCGUAAACAAAAAUUCGGUAGAAUUAUUAACACUGCCUCUCCUGCAGGUUUAUUCGGAAAUUUUGGUCAAGCUAAUUAUUCUGCUGCAAAAUUGGGACUCGUUGGAUUAGGUGAAACUUUAGCCAAAGAAGGUUAUAACUAUAACAUUAUGGUUAAUUCUAUUGCUCCCUUAGCAAGAUCGAGAAUGACUGAAAAUGUUUUACCUCCUCAUAUUUUGAAACAAUUGGGACCAGAAAAGAUUGCUCCCUUGGUAUUGUUUUUAACUCAUGAUGAGACAAAAGUGACAAAUUCAAUCUUUGAAUUGGCUGCUGGAUUUUAUGGACAAAUUAGAUGGGAAAGAUCAUCAGGACAAAUCUUUAAUCCAAGUUCUGAGAACUAUUUCACUCCGGAAGCUAUCUUGAAUAAAUGGUCCGAAAUCACCACGUUCGAUGAUAAACCUUUCAAUAAGACUCAACAUCCUAUGCAAUUGUCUGAUUAUAAUGAUUUGAUUUCAAAGGCUAAAAAAUUACCUGUGGAAAAUGAUCAAGGUUCUAUUAAGAUUAAUUCUAUCAAGGGGAAAGUGGUCAUCGUCACUGGUGCAGGUGGUGGUUUAGGUAAGUCCCAUGCCAUAUGGUUCGCAAAAUACGGUGCUAAUGUUCUCGUCAAUGAUAUUAGAGAUCCUAACACCGUAGUUAAUGAAAUUAAUAAACUAUAUGGUGAAGGCACUGCCAUGCCAGAUUCUCAUGAUGUGGUCACCCAAGCUCAGUUCAUCAUCGAUAACGCAUUGAAACAGUUUGGUCAUAUUGACAUAUUAGUAAAUAAUGCAGGUAUCUUACGUGAUAGAUCAUUUUUGAAAAUGAAAGAUGAUGAAUGGAAUUCAGUCAUUAAAGUGCAUUUAUAUUCCACUUUUGCAAUGUGUAAAGCUGUUUGGCCAGUUUUCUUAAAGCAAAAAUCUGGUGGAUCCAUCAUCAAUACUACUUCCACUUCAGGAAUUUAUGGGAAUUUCGGUCAAGCUAAUUAUGCUGCUGCUAAAGCUGCCAUCCUGGGAUUCUCAAGAACUAUUGCCAUUGAAGGGUUUAAGAAAAAUAUCAUUGUUAAUAUUAUUGCUCCACAUGCUGAAACUGCAAUGACAAAAUCAAUCUUUGGUGAAAAGGAAUUAGCAAACCAUUUCGAUGUCUCACAAGUCUCUCCAUUUGUAGUCUUGUUAGCAUCUAAGGAAUUACAAGAUGUCAAUAGUAAGAAAGGCGGUGUCAAAGGUCAAUUAUUCGAAGUUGGUGGCGGUUGGUGUGGUCAAACAAGAUGGCAAAGAAGUGGUGGAUUUGUCUCCACUGAACAAGAUAUUACUCCUGAAUUAUUGAAGGCACAUUGGAACGAAGUUACUAAUUUCAAAUCUGGUACUGUCACCGUAGGAUCCACAGAAGGAUCUUCAAUGGCUAUAUUACAAGCUGUUCAAAAAGCCCAGAUGUCAAAAAUUUCCAGUACUGCAUCUCAUGACGAUAAUGAGUCCUCGAGUUCUUCAAAUGGUUCCACAACUUUCAAUUAUACUGAAAAGGAUUGUAUUCUUUACAACUUAGGUUUAGGUUCUACUCGUAACGAAUUGAAGUAUGUUUAUGAAAAUGAUCCAAAUUUCCAAGUAUUACCCACUUUUGCUGUUAUCCCAUUCAUGAAAUCAUCAAUGGAAUCAUUUAACAUGGAUCAAUUAGUGGAAAAUUUUAAUUUCACAAUGUUAUUACAUGGUGAACAAUAUUUCAAAUUACCAAAGUUACCAUUACCAACAAGUGGGAAGUUGAAAACUGUUUCAGAACCAUUACAAGUCAUUGAUAAAAAUGGUAAGGCUGCCGUCAUUGUAGGCGGUUAUAAGACAUAUGAUACUAAGACAAACAAGUUAUUAGCUUAUAAUGAAGGUACAUAUUUCAUUAGGGGCGCUCAUGUCCCUAAGGAAAAGCAAAAAUUAGAUCCAAGUGUUAGAUCCAAAUUUGCCAUUCAAAAAUUCCAAUCACCAACUAAUAAAUCACCUGAUUUUGAAAUAGAAGUUACUACCUCAGAAGAUCAAGCUGCCCUAUAUAGAUUGUCCGGUGAUUUCAAUCCAUUACAUAUCGAUCCAUUUGUUGCUAAAUCUAUUAAGUUCCCAAAACCAAUCUUACAUGGAUUAUGUACAAUGGGUAUUAGUGCAAAACAAUUAUAUGAAAAAUUUGGAGCAUAUGAUGAAUUGAAAGUUAGAUUCUCGAGCGUUGUAUUCCCAGGUGAUAAAUUGAAAAUUAAAGCAUGGAAACAACCAAAUGGUAUUGUUAUUUUCCAAACAAUUGAUUCCAAUACAAACCAAGUUGUUUUAGAUAAUGCUGCUAUUAAGUUAACUAACCCUACCUCUAAACUUUGA